AUGGCAGGCGCCUAUGCCGAGGGUAAUGCCGUCGGCAUAGACCCUGACAUAGGGCCAUAUGGUCAGGUCUAUGCCGAGGGGGUUGCCCUCGGCGUAGCCCGACGCGCCCAGGUGCCGCCGCGCGCAUACGCCGAGGGGGUUGCCCUCGGCGUAGAGGCCCAGCUGGCGGCGCCACGACGGGCCACGUCGCCCACCCGCGAGGAGGCCGCCUGUGCUAUGCCGAGAGCCAGGCCGUCGGCGUAUGGUGGCUUGCCGUUAACGGCGACGGCGCCACGCAACGAGACGCCGAGGGCAGCGACGCCGAGGGUGAACGCGCACCGUCGGCAUAGACGGCGUACGCCGACGGCCGGGACUACGCCGACGGCACGGUGCCGUGUGCCGAGGGAGCUGUACGCCGACCAGAUGGCGGCACCCAAGCGCAAUCUUUCUGCUGCUGCUAUUGUGGUUGACGCCGAGGAAGGGUCAUAUCUGCUCAAGAUAGAUGGGUACUCACGAACCAAGGUACUCCUCCAGACAGGCAAGUGCGCGAUAUCUACCCGUUUCAGUGUUGGAGGCCAUGACUGGGCCUUGGAAUUCUACCCAAACGGCUACGAGAGUGCCGAUUUCGUGUCCGUUUACCUGCUUCUUGAUUCCGCGGACGCCAAGGAUGUGACGGCGAGCUUCGCUUUCAGUGUGCUGGACAAGGAUGGGGAACCGGUACCGUCGUUCAGCCGUACCCACAGCGGACAUACCUUCCAAGGAAAAAGUUCGGCUUGGGGCUGUUAUCAAAAAAAAAAAACGGCUUGGGGCUACUGUGAUUUCGUCAAGAAGACUGACUUAGAGGGAUCGGUGCACUUGAUCAACGAUUGUUUCACCAUCAGGUGCGAUGUCACCGUCAUGAAGGAGAUUCGCAGCCAAGAGCAACAUAAGCGAAAGUGUAACCGGCUUGUGGUGGUUCCUCCGAGCAAUUUGCAUCGGCACCUCGGCGACCUCCUGAAGAGCACGGAUGGAGCAGACGUGGUUUUUCAUGUCGGCGGGGAGAAAUUCCCGGCUCAUAGGACCGUGCUCGCUGCUCGGUCGUCCGUCUUCAAAGCAAAGCUCUUUGGCUCCAUGAAAGAGAAAAUUGUCGAUAUUAUCGAGAUCUUUGACAUGGAAAGUGACGUGUUCAAGUCAUUGCUACAUUUCAUAUACACGGACUCACUGCCUGAACAAACCACCCAUGAUGGUGAAGCACAUGACGAUGUGGUGAUGGCUGGCCAUCUACUCGUUGCAGCUGACAGGUACAAUAUCGAGAGGUUGAAGCUGAUAUGCGAGGAAAUGUUGUGUAACCACAUCGACUCCACCAUUGUGGCGACAAGCUUCACUCUAGCUGAGCAGCACGGUUGCCAUGAACUGAAGGAAGCUUGCUUUGAGUUCCUUGCUUCUCCUUCCAAUUUGGAGGCUAUGGUGACAAGUGAUGGCUAUGAGCAUCUGAAAAGCAGUUGCCCGUCAGUUCUCAGGGAGAUGAUUGCUAGGUUCCUGCCUCCUGAGCUAAAAGCGGCGAAGGAUAUCAUCAUGACAAUAUAG